AUGCCAGUGUUUUUUGGGUUACCUUUCAUGCUGUUUCACAUUCCCCUCAGAAGCCUCAUUCUGUUUCACUCCAUAGCCCCAGCCCCCUUAUCUCUGGAGGAGAUCCCAGAAUCCAGGAGUGCAUUUUCUUUCCUCCCCACGGACUCAGCAUCCACAGAUCCUUCUCUAUCUACUGAAAAGAAACAGCCUCUUGAUGACAGAGAGGUUCCUAGGCGCUGGUUACUUAGAAGGAGGCGAUCAGCUCUGUUUCCUAAUGGAGUCAAAAUCUGCCCAGAGGAAAGUGUCGCGGAGGCCGUAGCAAACCAUCUGAAGUAUUUCAAAGUCCGAGUGUGUCAGGAAGCUGUGUGGGAAGCUUUCAGGAUUUUUUGGGAUCGACUUCCUGGGCGCGAGGAAUACCCUCACUGGAUGAAUUUGUGUGAGAAUGGAAUCACAAGUAUAUUUGAAAUGGGUGCGCAGUUCAGUCAAUCUCUAGAGCAUCGAAUUUUAAUCAUGAAGAAAAUGACUUACCCAAAGGAAACUGUGAGCAGCUUCAAUCUUCCAGUGCCCGUCUUCUUCUGCGCCCAGCCUGUUCCUUUUAUCACAAAAGUGGCUGAGGUCGAGAGUAACGUGUCUCACAAGGAGACUUAUGGCCGGGGCUGUGUUGGAGUCUCUGUCCUCACCUGUUCCCGCGUUCCUCCUGGAGCCGAGGAGUCAGCACUCUCGUGCCUGACGUUUCCUUCCGUGGUGCAUGGCUGGCGCACAUUUCUUCCUUUCUUAUUAAAAAUCUUCCGUUUUGGUUUCAGCGUAACUGCUGCGCGCAGUGAGCCACAUCCCGAGGGGGCUCCCUCUGAAGGGGCCUCCGAGAGCCGCCGGGAGAGGCCCGCGGAGAGGGUGAGCGGUGAUCUUUUUGCUGUUUCCGUUUCUAACAUGGAGAGCAGGGCUUGUGGGAGGGUUCGUAUUCCUCGGACGGUCCGCACAGGACUUCGUGGCACCCUGCUAAAGAAAAGGUGGGUUCGGGACCCAGUUGAAAAUGCAUUUACUGGGCUACCAGGCUAUAAGGACAUCCAUGUACUUGAAUUUAGGUCCCCCGGGGAAAGUGGCAGUGGUGUAGAUGUUCAUUAUGCAGUUACUUUCAAUGGUGAAGCCAUCAGCAAUACUAGCUGGGACCUAAUUAGCCUUCACUCCAACAAAGUGGAAAACCAUGGCCUUACAGAAUUGGAUGAUAAACCCACUGCUGUUUACACAAUUAGCAACUUCAGAGAUUAUAUUGCCGAGACACUGCACCAGAACUCUUUGCUUGGGAACUCUUCCUUGAAUCCAGAUCCCGAUUCACUUCAACUCAUCACAGUGAGGGGACUUUUGCUUCCUCACACCGAAGACCCAGUUUGGAGGACUACCAGGUCAAGUCUUCAGGCAAGCACACUGUCCGUUCUGGAUCAUACCCUUCGAGAUGAAUGGUCCACAGCGGACGAAUACACCACCCACAGUAUUUCACCACUUGAUUUCAGCUUGGGUCCACCCGCCACCACCAGCCGAGAACUCUGGUCCGACAGCCCUUUGGGUGAUACAGUGUCUUCGCCCCAACUAGCCUUCCCUUUGAAGGCGGACCUCCAUUCUUCCUCAGCGAUUUUAGAGGUUAGCGGCUUGACUCUUCGUUCUGUCACCCCAGCAGUGCUUCAGACUGGCUUGCCUGUGGCUUCUGAGGAAAGGACUUCUGGACCUCAGUUCUUAGAAGAUGGUGAGCUGGUUCCCUAUCUCCAAUCAAAUCUCACGGGAUUCCAGAACUUGGAAAUCCUGAACUUCAGAAAUGGUAGCAUUGUGGUUAACAGCCGAAUGAAGUUUGCCACGCCUGUAGCUGCUGAUGUCAAUAAUGUGGUAUACAUGAUUCUGGAAGACUUUUGCACUACUGCCUACCAAACGAUGAACUUGGUGAUUGAUAAAUACUCCCUUGAUGUGGAGUCAGGGGAUCAGGCCAAUCCUUGCAAGUUUCAGGCCUGCAAUGAAUUUUCUGAGUGUGUGGUCAACCCCUGGAGUGGAGAAGCACAGUGCAGAUGCUUCCCUGGCUACCUGAGUGUGGAAGAGCUGCCUUGUCAGAGUCUCUGCGACCUACAACCUGACUUCUGCUUGAAUGAUGGAAAGUGUGACAUUAUGCCAGGGCAUGGGGCCAUUUGUAGUUAUGGCACCAGCAGAGAGCCUGACAGCCUCUCAUCCACUGAGGAUGCUGUGCAGUAUCAUCCUGUGUCCGGAAGCCACACGACGGGAAGCAAGCAGUACCAGGGAUCCUGUCCCCUGCAUCCCAUCUCCAACUCUGCUAGCAGAGAAGCGUUUGGCGGUUUCAGCAAAGAAGGAAUCAGACAGAUGCAUGAGAGCAGUGCGCUUUCUCAAGAGGACCCUCAAGAAAGAACGAGAAUUUUGGGACUGUGUGCCAGUGAUCCCGCGUUUGCGGCUUUUGUAAGAGAGCAUCAGGCGUAA